AAUGUAAAAAAACUAGAGUCAUGAAAAGACCCUUUGUGAUUUUUACCCUUAUUUGGCAAAUUGCUGUCCAAAAUGAUAUCAAAGGAUUUGAUGAUACCAUUAUCUAUAAUAUAAAUUUUCCUGGAGAACUACUUGAUGCUGAAGAACUAAUAGGAGAAUCUAUUAUAGUCACUUCUGCACAUAAGGAAAAAUAUAAGUGCAUUUUGCCCACAACUGCAGAGGAAGAAGCUGAGCUGGAAGAAAAAUAUGAUGGCCCUACAGCUCUUGAAAUACUUUCACCAUUGUUUUCACCAAAUACACCAUGUUCUUUUAGACUAGAGUCCUACUGGACAUACCAGGUCUGUCAUGGUAGGAAAAUCAGACAAUAUCAUGAAGACAGAGAAGGAAAAUCAAUGAAGUUACAAGAGUAUUUAAUUGGAAAGUGGGACAACAAUUAUUAUGAAACACUCCUUGCUCGAGCAAAAGCAGAAGAACAACACAAACAUAUAGACCCUCCAGUUAAAAAAAUUGAUAAUGUUAAUUUACCUUAUUAUGAAAUCAUCAUGGACAACGGCACUCAAUGUAGUUUGAACAACAACAAACCUCGCAUGACAAAAGUACUUUAUGUUUGCUACAUUCAUGGCAAGCACGAGAUUUAUUCUGUAGAUGAAUCACAAACUUGUGUCUAUGAAAUCAUAAUUUUAUCACCUUUGCUCUGUGCCCACCCUAGAUAUAAACCUAAAGAAUCAGGGGAGAAUCAAUUAAAUUGUGUGCCUAUAGAUGGGAGCUACAAAAUGCCCUACAGUCUGGCUAAACUUAAUUACGAUUCAGCACAGUUAAGAAGAAGAUCAGAGUUAGAUAGAUUUAAAGUAGAACUCAUAAAAUUGGAAAAAGAUAAAGAUGAACCUGUAAGUAAUGCAGAAUCUAAACCUUUAGACCCAGCACCUGUAGAAAACUUCUUAAGAGGAAAGAAUUGUUUGCAUGGCGGUACAGGUUGGUGGAAGUUUGAGUUUUGUUAUGGAAAGUCAGUAGAGCAGUAUCAUGUGGAAAAAGAUGGUAAAAGAGUGUCCAUAAAUCUAGGUGUGUUCCACAAGCAAGCUCAUCUUGACUGGAUACUUGAAAAUCCACACAAACGACCAAAACCAGUAGCUCAAAGAAAACAGCUAUCUCACUUGUACUCUGGAGGUUCCAUUUGCAAAGAAACUGGCAAACCAAGACAGACAGAAGUCAAGUUGAAGUGUCUACAAAAUCCUAGUAGUUCUAAUGCAGUUUCACUAUACUUACUUGAACCUAAGGUGUGCCAGUAUAUCUUGGGAGUAGAGUCACCGCUGAUCUGUGAUAUCUUGUCCAAAGCUGAUGAGAAUGGACUAGUUGAAGUAGACAGUGCGGAUUUCACAGAGACUGAAAAAACAGCUACUAUUAAUGUAGGCUACUGAAUGUUUAGUUGUGCAAAUAUUUAGUUUGAGUGAUAAUGGUAAAAUGAAUCCAAUCGAAAUAUACAUAUAAUUCUUACUGUUUAUAUUUUGUAUAUUUUUUAAAAUGCGUAUUAUAGUACCGAGGAGUUUGUUGUAUAUUUUGGUUCUUGUAUAGACGAAUAACCAUAGAAGUGGACUGUAUAAAAGAAACCAGUAAUAAUUUUACAAGUAUUGCAUUGAUUGUUUACCAUUUAUGUUGCUUUAGUUCUCAAGAAACAUGUGCCCGCAUUUUUAUUGUAACUUUGUUGGUGACUUUAUCUUUAGAGAUUAUAAUUUUGUGAGGUUUAGUACAGUCUGUUUCUAUUGGCACAUACUAUUUGGUAGUUGAAGUAAUUUAUUUGAAAACUGUAAGAUAUUAUUACUUACUUAAGAAAAAACCCAAGGACUUUUAGAAACAAUUAAUGUAUAAUUAUUUUUGUUGUUUUACAGAUGUAAAAUCCUGUUUAAAUAAUAGUAUUAUU